UACCGCUGGUACGGCUGGGAGCGGGUAAGGUGGCAAAGCAGGGAGGAGCGAAGUAAAGGCAUUGAGCACGCUGGAAGAGGUGGAGGUUCCGUUAGGAGGUGUAGGGUGUAUAUAUAUAUUUUUUUUCUUUUAGGGAGUAAAUCGAUCGUUUAGGCAGAGGUCGUUUACAAAUUAACGAACAUUAUCGGAAUUUUAGCCUGCCUAUUAACUGUAACAAAGCGCCAAUGGAAAGGAGCUUACACAAGUGCUUGGAUGAUGUGUCUCAGGUUGCAAGUGUUAAAGGCUGUCUUGUGGCUGAUGAACAGGGAUUAUGUUUGGGAGUAAGAGGAAAGAUUUCACCACAGACUUCUGGCAUGAUUACUGCACUCUCACAACAAGCUGGGCUGCUGGAACCAGGCAGCAUUAAGCAACCUGUGCUAAUCCUUGAAAAUGAUUUUAGGCAGUGCUAUAUUCAUGGAAAUGGAAAAAUUGUUACUGCCAUUCAGAAGACUGCAUCCUUUUGAAGUUGGUGUGCAUAUGAACUAUGGGGAACUUUCAUGACUUGCAACUGCACCAGUUUAAUCGUUAUUAUAUAUAUAAAAAAUCAAUGAACCUUUUCUAUUAGAGCUCACUGAUUUAUUAUCAUUGCUAUUAUGUGAUGCUGUUACAA